UCCCGGGCGGUCCCUGUUGGCAUCUUCUGUGUCCCGAGUCUGCGGUUUGCGGAGUCGGUUUUUCACGCCUCCUGUGAACGGUCAGAGGCGGGUCCCGUGGUUUAGCGCCUGCGUGGACUGCGGGCGUCCGUCACCAUGACAGCAGCCGCUGGGGACCCUGUGUUGAAUAAUAUCCCUUUGGUGGUAUCACAGUUUAUCCAGUCACCUGCUGAAGACCGAUACUUUCGUUGCUUCCAAGUUUUGGCAAUUAUGAAUAAAGCUGCUAUAACCAUCUGUGUGAAGAUAUUUGUAUGGACGUGUUUUUAAUUCCUUUGGUUAAAUAACAGAGAGCAUGCUUCUGGAUUGUGUAAGAGAUCUUGGAGUGAAAAUAUUUUGGAAUAUUUUCUGAGGAAUAAGCAGAUUACAACAGAAGAUGGAGCCCAGAUCACCUGGUAUCAUGCAGCUAACCACAAAGCACAAAUGAAUGAGGCACUGAAAAGUACUGCUCAUAUGAUAGAGGCCGAUGUCCUUCUUCCUAGUGAUGAGUCAGAACAUGGCCAACCUAUCAUGGCUCAUCCUCCUGAAACAAAUAGCGAUAAUACUUUACAGGAAUGGCUGACUGAAGUUGUGAAGAGCAAUAAAGGCAUCAAGCUGGAUUUCAAGAGUCUGGCAGCUGUUGAACCAUCCAUGAUGCUCUUGGAAAAUGUGAGGAGGCAUAUGAAGCGUCCUGUGUGGAUUAAUGCUGAUAUUCUUCCUGGUCCAAAUGGCAAUAGCAGAGUAGUGGAUGCAAAGCCUUUUCUAGACACUGUGAAGUCCUUCUUUCCAGAUGUGACAUUUUCCCUGGGUUGGACAACAGGAUGGCAUCCAGAGAAAGUCAAUGAAGGUUACAGUUGGACAAUGGUGAAAGAGAUGGAAAAUAUAUGUAGUGAACUAAAUCAACCUGUAACAUUUCCUGUGAGAGCGGCAUUAAUCAAGCAGUCUAGUUCUCAGUUACUCUGGCUACUAAAGAAAUCAGACAGGUACAGCCUAACUAUUUGGACUGGAAAAAAUGAUAACUACUCUGUUGAAGACUUACUUUAUAUUAGAGACCAUUUUGAUAAAAAACAAGUUUUCUAUGACAUCUUGGAACCACAAGACCAUGAAUUUAAAAAAGCCAUUGGAAUCAAAGUUAACUGUUAAGAAGAGGAUUCUUCUGAAUUAUUUCAUAUAUUUUGGUUUCAUAAGCCUUCUCUGCUUUGAUCUGAAUUAAUUGCUAUCUAAAUGAUGAUGACUGAUUGAUAGUCCAACUCAAACAGUCAAAAAAUACAUAUUGAAUACUUUCUUAGACAUAUAUGAUUAUAAUUAUGUAACUACCUAAGAGAUUUAGAAAGGAUAUUUUAGUAAGCUUAGUCUAAUAAUUUAGGAAAAUGAUGUUUUAUAACCCAUUUUAAAAUAAUUAUGAUAUGCUGAGGAUAAUUAAAAGAAUCUAUGUCAUAACAUAGGUAGGUAUAAGCCAUAUUUUGUUAGUACUGGCAUUACAGAGACACUGCAAAAAAACAUGGCACUUUAUUUUUUUUUCCCUGAAGAACUGGUUAUUUUAGAAAAAGGGUUUUGAAAAUAUUUUGAGCUGUCAUAGGGAUGAACUGCUUUUUCCUAACAAAAUCAAUUUAAUUAGAUGCAUCUAGAAGUAUUCUUGUUUGUUUUUUGCUUUAAGAUUUAUUUAUCUAUGGA